GCUCCUACGACACCGGUGCCGUGCCCGAGAUCGGCGCCCGCGUUUCUCAUGGCACUUCGGGGCCUGAAGCCCCCCAGCCUUACGGCCCCAUCGUUGCUGAGCGUGUCGUUCUUCAUGGGAAGGGGCAGUGGGAUUUGGCCCGGUUCUCAGGUUCCCUGGCACCGGUGCUCCCUGUGCCUCCUUUGCUGCUGAAGACAAGGGCGAGCUACUUCGUCUUUGCCGGAUCUGGGAUGCUUCGGGGCUCCUUUCUCUCGCCCCCGGGCCGCUUCCCGAGAGGGCCCUCACUCGCGUUUUCGGCGCGUUCAAAUCCCCAGAAAAGCAGAGGCAAAUCGGAGACCGCCGAGGGCAGAACUCAUGGGAGGCUAGACUUUUGUGGCCCCAGCCGCUUCCUGCCCACCGGCGCCCUUCUCGCCCGCCUUCACGUUCCCAAGGGCUUCUGCUUAAGUGGCUGCGUUACGGACAGGCGAGAUUUCUACACGCAAGCACGUGUUUCUUUUGAGCGCUCCCGGACCAAUGCGGUCGGGCCCUGCUUUCAGUUAUCGGACUUUCGCGGCCUGUCUGCCCACCUGGACUUCUGCACCAAGGCUGCCGAGAAUCAAGUGUGGGCGCUGUCUUCGUGCGAAGGGGUGCUCGACUUCCCCCCGCGUCCUUCUGUGCUCGUCUCGGACAGCCUCCCUGUUCACCCCACCUUCAAGGCCUUGCUCCAAGGUGAUGCUGGAGGAGUAGAGUUUGCAACGGGCCCCUGGAGCGGUCUCAUCAUUGAUGAUUUCUUUAGCCUUUUUGUGGAGGCUUCGGAUUUCGUUCCCGGCGGCCCCUCUGCCUCUCUUGGACUUCUCCACCGUGCCAAGGCUGCCUACACUCGUGAAGCUGUGCUGGGCUCCGAUGAGAAAGACGUUUUAGCACAGCGUGUUUUGAAGGUUGCCGGUGCAGAGAUCGACACCGAUCCCACCACCACCUCGGAUGGCCUGGCUUUGGUCGGUUACCCUGUUGCCAAGUGCGUCAUGUCUGUGCUAGACCGCGUCUUUGCUGUAAGUCGGGGCGGGCCUGCUGAGAACAUCGCCCGAGAGGCUUUGAGACCUCUACCUCGGCGUGCCGCCGGUGAGCUUCAGCUGCUUGCUGUGCUCGCCCCUGUCAUCUGCAGCAAUCUUAGCGCUGACCCUUGUGAGCGGAUCUUCGCCACCGACGCCUCUAAUACUCAUGGGGCCGUGUGUGCAAAGACUGUCAGCCCUGAGGUUUCUCUGGACUUCUGGUUGGCAUCUGAUUUCCGUGGUGCUGCGGUACACCUUGCCUCCCUCCCUCGGGGAAAAGCUGCCGGAGAUGACCCUGCUCUUUCGGCUGACGCCGUGCCUCUUCCUGCAGCCGAUGCCUUUGAACAGCUCGGUCCUCUCGACUCGGGCGUCUCCCCGCCUCCGCCUGCCAAGCCUUGGGCUUUCGACUACUACGACUUUCUUGAGGUCGGCACAAGUGGUGGCUUUGUUGCACGCCAGCUCGUGGCUGGGAACUUCUGUGUCGGCCCUUUGGUUGACCGUCGCCGCUCCAGGCAGUACGACCUAGGCAGCCUUCACCUCGCGCGUGCUCGCUCGCAGACCCCUGCCUCCUCUGACGACCUCAGGGCUCUCGCUACCUGCCUCUUGGUCUUCAGCCUUGCUGUCCGUUGGGGCCUGCCCGUCCUCCUGACUGUCCCUCGUUCCAGCUUCGCUUGGCGCUCCGGGCUUUGGGGUCGUCUUUCUAGGGUCCCCGGCGUUCGUGGACUUAAGCUGUCUGGUGCUGCCCUUGGUGUGUCGGGGCACUCCGGCCUCGCUUGUCUGAGCCAUGGCCUCGACUUGUCUGCUUUAGACCGUGACACCAGCAAGGCCUCCCGCCACGUUGUCCCGUUCUCUGGUGGCUGCUUGUGGGCAUCCUGCCCGAGCGCUGUUCGCAAGAUCGCCGGUGCUUUUGCCAAGGCCCUCCGCGCCUUGCGCCGGGAUGAGCCAGGCCCCCCGACAGGUCUCGAGAACCUCGCUGUCAACGACCUUCUCCUUAGCGAGGGCUGGUCUGUGCUGGCCGCCUGGCGCUGGUCUUCCCCAAAGCAUAUAAACGUACUCGAGGCCCGCGCUGUUGCCGCCGUCGUUCGUGACUGUGCCCACCGGGAAGGCGACACCAAGGUCACGAUUCUCGCCGAUUCCUCUGUCGCUCGGGGAGCUGUUGCCAAGGGCCGCUCCUCCUCACACCAGCUCCGACCUGUUUUGCUGAGGAUUGCCGCUUGUGCCGUCGCUGGCGGUGUGUAUCAUGGCCUUCACCACGCACCGACCAGGCUCAACAUCGCAGACGACCCUACCAGAUCGAAGCCUCUUCGAGCUGCCAGCUCUGCAUCGCUCCUUUCCUCGCCUUCGCUUUGCUGCAGUGAGCUUUUGGGUUUCUCUUCCCUCUCCUCCGCUUCCGCUGGCUGGGUUCGGCUCUCCCUUCUUCUGGCCCUUAGGCGUAGUGGGGUUUCAGGUUCUAAGCUAGUGCUUGCCCUUUCCCAGCCCCUCCGAAAAGAGCUGCCCCAGCACGAGAGCAUCGAGCCUGCUCCUGCUCUGCCUUGGACCAGCAAGUGCUUUGACGCAACUUUGGGCUACCCUGGAGAGGGCCCUUUACAGCCAAGGCACGCAAAGGAUGAGGGUAGCCAACGAGAGCGCGCUCGCAGCACGCUGCCCGAGGGCCGGCCGAUCCUACAACGCACAACUGCAAAUAGGGAGCACCUCGUCAAGAACCUCGAGGCAUGGUUGCGUGGACGAGGUGUUUCGGCUGAGUCUUUUUGGACUGCUCCGGCAGAGCAGGUCGCAAAUCUCCUUUCCGUUUAUGGGAGGGAGCUUUUCGACGCUGGCUUUCCUUAUUGGCAUUACGCUGAGACUAUAAACUCAGUGUCCGGCAGGCGCCCUGCGAUUAGGCGCCAGAUGCAGGGCGCCUGGGACCUCGCUUUUUCCUGGAUGACCCUCGAGCCGCACACGCAUCACACGGCAAUGCCAUCAGUAGUGCUGCUCGCGCUGCUGACGGUUUGUCUGGUUUGGGGAUGGCGCUCAGAGGCCGGGAUUUUUGGUUUAAGCUGGGGAGCGCUCUUGCGCAUAGGACAGCCAGGCAUCAAGCUGCAAAGCUGGAGCCGCAAGACCUCGUCCUGUUAG